GGGCUGCUGGGUACACCUCAGGCAUGGGCUUUGCUCAAGGUUCUGGUCUUUCAGUUCCAGCUCUUCCUGGAGCACUUGGUUCUCUUGCAGUCCCCACAUCUGCAGUGUCUGGACAGAUGACUAUUCCUGGCCUUACUGCUGCUCCAGGAAAUUCUGUGCUCAAGGUGUGCAACAUCAACUCUGAGGCCAUCACACCACAGGGACCUUUAAUCCUAUUUGGGGUGUAUGGUGAUGUGCAUCGUGUGAAGAUCACGUUUAAGAGAAAUGCUUCAGUUCAGAUGGCAAACACAACCCAGGCUUACACAGCUAUGGACCACUUGAGUGGACAGGGGCUUUAUGGAAGGGUCCUCUGUGCUACUUUUUCAAAACAUCAAAGAGUUCAACAGCUCAGCUUGGGGCAAUCCAAAUUGGGGCUAGGAGCAACAUACAGCAACAGCCCUUUACAUCGCUAUAAGAAGCCUGGCUCUAAGAACUUCCGAAACAUCUUUCCUACAUCUGCUACCCUGCAUCUCUCCAAUAUUCCAUCUUCUGUUACUGUUGAUGAUCCAAAGAAGCUUUUUGCAAGUACUGGAUCAACUGUGAAAGCCUUCAGAUUCUUCCAGAAAGACUCCAGAAUGGCUCUCAUCCGGCUGGGCUGUGUGGAAGAAGCACUUCAUGCUCUCAUUGAGCUUCACAAUCAUGACCUUGGAGGAAACCAUCACCUCAGAAUUUCCUUCUCAAAAUGUACACUCUGA